GUAGAGGGAUGAUUCAGUAGUGACAGGAAGCCAACUGCCUUGCCCGCUGCUCGCCAGAGUCAGUGGUGCUGUUGGCAUCAGCCUGGGCAGGUGUGCGGGCACAGGAUGAAGUGGCCAUGGUGAGGAGCCCUCAUUCUCAGAUCUCCAAUGCAGCUUUGCAGCUCCCUCCCCAAGCCAACAUGAGUGCCGAGUUGGAGCUGCUGUGGCCACUGUCAGGACUGUUGCUGCUGCUGCUCUUGGGGACCACAGCUUGGCUGUGUGUCCAGUGCUCCCGCCCAGGGGUGAAGAGAAAUGAGAAAAUCUACGAGCAAAGGAACCAGCAAGAAAAUGAACAGAGCGUAGCCUCGUCUCAGACGUACUCCCUGGCCAGGCCGGUGCGGACAGGACUCCAGAUGGACGCAGCCUCAAACAAGUCAUUUGAGAGGAAGAACAAGCUGCUUUUCUCCCACCUGGAGGGUCCUGAGUCCCCUAGGUACCAGAACUUCUACAAAGGAAGCAGACGGGAGUCUGAUGCUGCCUAUGUAGAUCCCAUCCCCACGGACUACUACAACUGGGGAUGUUUCCAGAAGCCCCCAGAAGACAAUGAUUCCAACUCCUACGAGAAUGUGCUCAUCUGCAAGCCCAGCACCCCCGAGUCAGGUACUGAGGAAUCCGAGGAUUACCAGAACUCGGUAUCCAUCCUUCAGUGGCGAGAAUCCAAGAGGACUAUGGGUGCACGCACGUCCCCAUCAGGAAGCCCAGACGAGGAGCCAGAUUACGUGAAUGGGGAUGUGGCCACGACGGAGAAAAUCUAGGAGAGAAUCCAAAGGAAGGGCCUGAGGAUCAGGAGCCGACUGUUUACUGCCUGCUGUAUAAAGCCCUGACUGUGGCUGCUCCUGGGAGGGGCACCAGAACUGCCUGACACUGCCUGGGAGACAUUGGAAUCACCAGGGCUGCAAGUGAUGCUCCGGACUUCUCAGGGACAAAGCAAGUGUCCAGGGGAUAUUGACUGUGCUGACUGGAAGCCCAGGACCUGAGGCAGGAUGCAUCCCCAGUCCCACAUCUAAAAUGCAGCACAACAUUGGCACUUGUGGGUUUUGUUUUGGCUGUAGGUCUAAAUUGUUCAGGCUGAUGUCAAACUUGCAAUCCUCCAGCCUCAGCCCUUGUGCUGGGAUCACGUUAUACCACCACACCUGACUUCGUAGGGUGGUUUUGUUUUUUUUUUUGUUUUUUUUUCCUUUCCUUGUUUGAACCUCAAACUACUUAUGAAUGUUGAUUUCUGGAACUGUUACCAUGACUUUUCCGGUAGUUAACUUAAGUUGCUGGAGCCGUAUUUAAUGUUGUUAAUGUCAGGGGACUCCCCGUUUCAGAGCAUUAAAUGUAGUAGCCUUAGCAGAAGAAUGGGGUGUGGGGUAACCUGAGAUUGCCUUGGUUUCUUACGAGGCUCCAGUUUGUUCUGAUUUUCCAUUCCUGCGGGGGGGAACCUUGUGGGCCAGUGAUAAAGAAAUAAAACCACCCCCUCAUCAAA